UGUUUGGUAGGUAUUCAGGGCGCCAGGAGAGUGAGGCUUGGCUCUUUGCCUUCGGCCUGGGAAGAAGCAGUGGGCCAGGGCGCCCUCCAGCUGCUGGCUCAAGUAAGCCCUGAUAGAAGCUUAAAUUCUCCAUGGCCUCAUCUCAUCCACAGCACGCUUCAUCCAGACGUUUCUCCCUUCAUCUUCUCCCGGAGUGGAGCUACCCGGCCACGUGUGGCCCCGCCUCUCCUUUCUGCUCACUUGUUUGCGGUGGUUUUCUCCGUACAAGGCCAUCCUCAUUCAAGAAGGACACCGGGGUUGGGAAAUCAAGCAUUGUGUGCCGGUUUGUCCAGGAUCACUUUGACCACAACAUCAGCCCGACUAUUGGGGCGUCUUUUAUGACUAAAACUGUGCCUUGUGGAAAUGAGCUUCAUAAGUUCCUCAUCUGGGACACUGCUGGCCAGGAGCGGUUUCAUUCACUGGCUCCCAUGUACUAUCGAGGGUCUGCUGCGGCUGUCAUCGUAUAUGAUAUUACCAAACAGGAUUCAUUUCAUACGUUGAAGAAAUGGGUUAAGGAACUGAAAGAACAUGGUCCAGAAAACAUUGUAAUGGCUAUUGCUGGAAACAAAUGUGACCUCUCAGAUAUUCGAGAGGUUCCCUUGAAGGACGCUAAGGAGUACGCGGAAUCCAUAGGAGCCAUUGUGGUGGAGACAAGCGCAAAGAAUGCUAUCAAUAUCGAGGAGCUCUUUCAAGGAAUCAGUCGCCAGAUCCCACCCUUGGAUCCCCAUGAAAAUGGAAACAGUGCAGGAAUCAACAUCGGGAAUCCGACUGCGUCUGGCACCCGGCGGUGCUGCUGACCCGGGUGCUUGCCUGAGCCCACUUGAAGGAGCCGGGCUCUUCUCGUAUUCUGCCUGGAGACUCGGGGGCGGCUACCCCAUAGGCAAGGCGCGCUGGGCUUACUUGUGUUUACUGAUCCGUAGUGCACAAUUUCACCUGUUUUUCACCACAUCAUGUGGUGAAACCCAUGCGCAAUUGUGCGCUACGGAUUAGUAAGUAAGCACAAUUAAGCCCAUGUGUACCAUGCUUACCAUAAGCCGGUGCGUACCGUGCUUACUGGCUAACCCUCCCCUGCGUGGAGCCCUCCGAAUCGGCGGCGUGGCACCCCGGCGCCCCACUCGAGGAGAGUGAGCCCGUUGGCUUUGCAUCCUGGGAGGCCGGCAGGGAAUGGGGCCAAAAAAUGUACCUGAAAAAGAAUUUUAGAAAACUCUUGGGAAAGAACCCCCACACUGUUGCAUAAAAUGGCCUUUCAUGCAUGAAGCGCACAAGGCAGGGAACAGAUGUUAGGUAAUUAAUAUAUGUAGAGUUUUUUGUUAAGAACUUUUAAAACAUGCUUAAAUUUGUCCAGAGGUCUUCCUGGCCUAUUAUGUGUGUGGGACUCCAGCGUGAUGCUCCAUUCUGAUUCCCUGGGUUACCCAGUCCAAGUUCACUAACUUCUUAGAGCCCUUGUCUGUGCUACCUAGUCAGCCAUCACUGAGAGGUCAGUUUAAUUUAGAAGGUAAGCUUUUAGCUGGCUUUGGAACUAAGCCUUUACUUACUGCUUUUUGGAAAGAAAUCAGAGAAGUGUAAUUGGACCGUCCCUCAAGCUUCGAGACUUGAACUAUUCAAAAAGAGGAGAAAGAUGUAUUAGAAACGGUGGUCUACAUCUCAAACUUUUAAUUGAUCAGCAUUUUUCUAAGUCUGGGCACAUACGAACACACCAAACCUGACUAAAAUAUUGCAUAUAAUUUUGGGAUGGGGAGGCCUAGUUUGAAAGAGUCGUUGAAGUCGUUACUUUGUAAGCAGUCAUUCAUGUGGGAUGUAAAUAUUACUCAGCAGACCACCUGGUACAAAUCACCGCCACCAUCAUAAAUCCCUGCUCUAUUAGAGACGUUUAAUGCACAGAGUAGUAUUUACUAAGAGACUAUGUCAUGGUGUCACAUCAAGGGCAAAAAUAAACUAAAGGAUGUCUGAGUCUAAGUCACAGGGCAAACUUCUAAUCGCAACUGGCUGUAGGUUACGAGACAGCCACUAUCAGCGCCUUAAGAUUCUAGACCCAAAAAACUACAAAAUCAGAGAAAGCAUUUUAAAAGUUGCCGAACUUGGAGAGGUAGUUAUCAGGGCAAGCCAGAGGUCCAAUCCUGGAAUGCUAAUUAAGUGAAAAUGGAGUUUGAUAAAAACCUUCCUUUUCGUUCCCUAUCUGCACAAUUAAUUACAGAUGUCUGACUUCACAGGAAGUAAAGGGAGAAAAGAUAUGGAAAGGAAGAAAAGCUAUUUCCACUCAAAAUUCAAAUCCUGUUACAGUCUAACCUUCCUGAAAAUCUAGAAUCAAGAAGAAGCUGAUUUUCUAUCAAGGCUUAUACUAAGAGGUGGUUCUUAAAGGCUUUUCGGAACAGUGACUUCUGUAGGGCUAGGAAAAUUGUAGAAGAACAGCCUUGGAAAUGGGCAUCAGGAGGCAUGGUAACAAGUGCCAGCUGGUCCCUUCUUCGCCAUGGCCCCUCAAGGGCCAGCAGAUGUCUGUUGAAAGCUGACAGUGUAAAGACCUAGAAAUGUCAGUAACUCAGUGCGAGCCACACUCUCGAGCCUGGCGUGGCUGUGCCUACUGACCUCUUAGCGGGUAGAGACAUUGAGUCACGUCAUCUACAAAAAGGAGGGUCCUUGAGACACCGAUGCCGAGUUCACAGUUGCCACUUUCUUGUUAGUACAGCCUUCUGUUGGCUGCAGUCAGAAAAACGGCCAGAUUUAUGCUUUGCAACUCCGGAAGAUGGUGUCAGUGUGAUGUUCUGACUUUCCCUAACUUGCAAGAGUUGACUGACAGUCUUAGAAGGUGAAGGCUGAAAACACUUAUUUUUGGUUCAAGAGCGCCUUAGCUCUCCCAGGCAGGUGCUUCAAAACUGUUAGCAAGUGGAAUUUGACUGUCUUGACAGGGCUUUUGCAGGGACUUUUUGGGGUUUUCUCUGCAUUGUCAACAUUACUAGCUAACAUGAUUCUGCUUGCAGGCCAAGCAAUAAUCAUGCCUCUUUCUAAAGGUUAAAAAAAAAAAAAAACUGCAUUGAAAAC